AUGAAAGUCGAGAUGUUAAUAUGCCUUCAGAGGACGACAUAAAGAGGCAAAGAAUAGCAUACAGUGGGGACCAAAUCUAUUCAAACAUUUGGUCUGGGAAAUGGUGCAUUAAGGAUGAGCAUAAGCUUCUGUCGGAAUUAAGUGGUUUGACUACGAACAGUAAUACAGCCUAUUAUGACACCCACAAUAAUUUUCCUUCGACAGGAGCCGCCGGAAACGAUGCAAUGAUUUAUGACAGUAUUACAUCAAUAUCGCAAAACUCGCUAUAUACACCGUCCCUAGGAGCAUCCAUUGGCAGUAAUUCGUUAACCCCUCUAGUGCCUAUAAAUAUGUCAGACAUGAAACUAAAUACAAGUUCACUUGAAACAAACAUAUCAUCUUAUUACACAGCAAUAGCCAUAGAAAAUGGGCACUAUGGAACAAUAGCACAUGUAGAUAAUACAGUGGGCUCAAUGAACAGUGAACCGGCAUCAGUUGGUUCUCAUUCUAGUGGUAAUGUAGCAUUACCAUCCGGAAUACUACCUAUUGCAAUUUUAACUGGAAAUACUGAUAUUAACAAUGACGAUGGAGCACAAGAUGAUAGUAUAAUACCUUCAAUAGAAAAUAGAUCAGCCAUAACCACAUCAUUAAUUAACAGAGGUGAAAGUGCCAAAAAUGGCGUUCCCAACCAUAUCAUAACAGAAGUAUCCACAAUGGCUGUAUCGUCUAAUACUCAACAACAAAGACGUUUGCUAAAUGUACUUGAAAAACACAAUAGAAACGAUAUAAGCGGUAAUGUUACUAGGCGUCCUGAUUUGCAUUUAAAUACGAAUGAACAAAGUUGUGAACAUCAUCGCCAGCACAUUCAACAGCAGGUUCUACAAUCCAGUGUCAUAAAUUCACCUCUUAUACUUCUUCAGCCAAGUGCCCAACCAAGAGAUACCUCAGGCGGUGAUUCCAUAAAUAAUAAUCCUGCAGAAUAUUCCACGAUUUUACCCAAUUUUAACCAUUAUUCGGCAGCUUGCGGGUCCGUUGUGGCUACCACAGACUACACCUAUAAUCCGGCAUAUUCUCAGUAUGGAUCAGCGUAUGGGUCUUAUGGAUAUACAGCAGGCACUGGUCUAUUAAAUUCUUCUUACUACUAUGACGGGAGUGAAAGUCAAACAACAGGCGCAUUAAAUCAGGAUAUGCGAUCGCCUUUGGCAGCCACCCGCGCCAACUCUUUGGCGUCUGCUGCAUCACCGACGGGAAGUGCCUGCACGAAAUCGGAAACAUCAGACAUAUUUUUGGUAUAGUAGCUGAAAAAUACAAAUUGAAAUACCACACAUAUAAUCGAAAUUAAGAAUUGUUGCAAUAAUACCAAUAUAUAACUUAUAUUAUAUUUAAGAUUAUAGCCAAGCACUUGCGAAAUACAACUAGGAAUUUAACUUUAUCCUGUUGUAUUUUUGAAUCCUCGCAAAUAUAUUAAGAAGACAUAAAAUCGAAUAUUACCUUCGGCAAUAUCAAAUAAAGAUAGUAUCUUGAAAUAAUAUCAAAGUAAAGCAUAGAAGUUCCUAGACUAAACUAGAAGCCCUCUUACUAAUAUUAACAGUAGCUGCUAACCUUACUCCGUCUACUUUUACUCAAAUGCUCGUUAAGAAAGGAGGUCAUUUCAUAUACUUAAACUUAAUCAUGAGCAAAUGUAUUUAAUGCUAAAGUCUAACAUCAGUACAGAGGGUCCUUGAAAUAGUGUUACUGAAUGCCACAAAAAUACUUCUACCGAAUCGUUUAUUACGUAAGUUGUCAUUGUCGAGUUUGCAUAAACGGUCAAUUGUAAACUUUCGUACAAAUACCAAACAUCUUUUUAAUAUAAAUUAGUAGGGCAAUUCAGAGUCUGGUGCAAAUGGUCUUGCAUCCUUACAAUUGCAAAAUUGCUGCACCCUUGCAAAACAACAACACUAAAACGUCGUUGUAUUAUAUGCAACACUGGUUUGCAAAUUAUCAGGUGUUGUCAAAAAUAAAAACCAUGUAAACAAAAAGAAGAAAUGGAGCAAACCAGUUAAAAAAAAGAAUAAUACAAAUUCUUCAGCGCUUCUUCAAUUAAAGCGUCAGUUAAUAUAUCACUAAAAUAUUUUUUCGGCAUAUUUUCCAAUUUGUGCGAAAGUUUUUCUUACAAAAAUUUUUUUUUUCUUCACCGAUCAACUAUAAAUUAAUUCUCUUUGCAAGGGUUGCACAGAAACCACAAACAGGACGUUCAUUGUUGAUGGUAAAUAUUUGCAAUUGCAUAAUUUUGCAAACUGAGAUGCACAGUAUUCUGCAUUGCCCUAGUAUAAGAAUGAGUUCAACAUUUCAUAGCACAAUUGUGCCCAGCACACUUCGCAUUAGUACCUUUUAUCAUCAUUAUUAACAGAGCACGAAACAACACUACACAAAACUGUGAUGUUGAACAAAUAUAAAAUACGCGAAAAAAUAUGUGAGGAUGGGUCAAACCACGUCAAGUGUUCCAUGAAAAUUUCGCACGUAGGCUCCUUACAUCUGUGCCGCAAGAAAAGCAAAAGCGCAUAGCGCAACGUUCGAUGUGCAAUAAGUUUUAAUAGUGGUAGGGGUUGUAACUUCGUUGUCGUGGUGUAACCUCCAAACGGUUGCGUUGUCUAGUCGGACCCGGUUUACCCCUCGUUUGAGUCUCUAGAGGACUUCCACGUAAAAGUUGUCGUUGAUGGUUUGUCCAGGAGGAACAAAUUCAAGGUGGACGAUGCCAUUGAUUUCAAAAAAGACAAUCAGCAUCGUUUUCUCUUUGGAUUUUCUCAUUCUUCCAGUCUUCAUCGGCGAUCUCUUCCCGGCCCUCCAAAAAGGUUUGGACCACUUAGUAAAGCAAUAUCUGAAUAAGCUUGUUUGAUCACACAGAAUUUAAUCGCGUACCUCUGCUCUAACGAACACUGUAUUUUCGGUUUGCAUCACUCACAGAAACACU